UGCGCGUAUGGAUUGAGACGCCCGUCCAUGACACGGUGGCUGUGACCCCGCAGCGACCCAAAAGACCUGAUGAGGACAGCCAGUCUGCUCACUUCAUCAUGUCACAGAGAUACAGAGCCACGGCAUCCUUACACAAUCGUUCUGCACUGCUCCCCGAGUACACCACCCCGCCCUCCUCGGGGCGGUCGUCACCCUUCGGUCUGCAAGCAAAUGGCCAGCGGUUUGCGGACGACCUGGAGGGUCAAAACGAUGAGCACUUGGAGGGCUUGCAGGCGAAAGUGAAGCUGCUGAAGGAUAUCACCAUAGGUAUUGGCAACGAAGUCAGAGAAUCGACUGUUCAACUCAGUCAGAUGAACGACGCAUUCUCGGAGACGUCUGGUAUCCUUGCUGGUACAUUCCGGCGAAUGAACAACAUGGCGGCCCGGCAAGGAUGUCGCUGGCUAUGGUAUAUCGUGUUCCUUACCAUCGUCUUUUGGUUCUUCAUCUUCGUAUGGUGGUUUCGACGAUGAUCCCUCUCCUGCACUUGUCCUUCUGCUGUCGCUCGCAAGUAUCUGUACCUCAUUCAAUCGCAUGGAUUUCACGCUUUCA